CGAGACUAAUGUAAUUUUUCGAUUUCCUCAAUGAUGAUGUUCAGUCUUUGAAAUUAUACGUGUAUAAAAAUACCAUUUAAUGUUAAUAAACUUCCAGUGUUCACUGUGGGGCAUCUGAGACAAAAAGCUGAGAAGAAUGUCGCACUACAGUGAUGCUGAAGAUUCUAUCAAAGAAAUACAAGAUUUAGACUUAGGAUUAAGAAAAAGAAGGAUAAUAGGAUGGGACCCAGAAACAGAAUCUAUUGCUUCUGAAAUUAAAGAUUUAUUGGAAGAAGAUGUCAACUCAUUGGUGGAGGAGGACUGCGUCGGCUGUCCGCUUCCUUCUACUCCAGAAGAUGAAAACCUUCUGGAUUCGGAGAUGAGUGAUGUUUUAAAAGCAGCAGUUCUAGGAGAUGAAUUGGAUAUCACAGCUUUGGCCCACAAUGCUGCGUCCCAAGCCGAACAUGUUGUCAGAAAGAUGAUCCAGGCUGGAUGGUCCGUUUGUCAUUUUAGGAACCUACCGGCUUGGUUACAAGAUAAUGAUUUUCUUAUAUUCGGUCAUCGGCCACCACUACCUAGUUUCCGGGCUUGUUUCAAAAGCAUUUUUAGACUUCAUACAGAAACGGCCAAUAUCUGGACACACUUGCUGGGAUGUGUGGCGUUUAUAGGAAUUGCAAUCUACUUUUUAAUGCGACCAAAUACUGAAAUUGAGAUUCAAGAAAAAGUGGUCUUCGGAGCAUUUUUUGCAGGAGCCAUCAUCUGUUUGGGAAUGUCGUUUAUGUUCCACACUGUCAACUGUCAUUCACAAUUUAUAGGAAAAUUAUUUUCAAAGCUGGAUUAUUGUGGUAUAGCUCUUCUAAUUAUGGGUUCCUUCGUUCCAUGGUUGUACUACGGAUUUUACUGCCAUUUCAAACCAAAAGUGGUGUACUUAUCAGUUGUAUGUGCUUUAGGAAUAACUAGUAUUAUGGUAAGUCUGUGGGACAAAUUCUCGGAAUCGGGUUGGCGUCCAUUUAGGGCAGCAGUAUUCAUGACCUUUGGUUUAAGUGGAAUCGUACCCGCCAUCCAUUAUGGAAUUGUGGAAGGUUGGUUUAACUAUGUUAGCCAAAAAUACCUUGGUUGGUUAGUACUUAUGGGAAUGCUGUACAUCGUUGGCGCCAUGUUCUACGCGCUUCGUAUACCCGAACGGUGGUUCCCCGGCAAAUGUGAUAUCUGGUUGCACUCACAUCAAAUCUUCCACGUUUUCGUAUUGGGCGGCGCUCUUGUUCAUUAUCAUGGUAUAUCUGAAAUGGCGAUGCAUCGAGUAACGAUCGGACAAUGUGAAAUACCUGAUACACCGAUCUAUUGAUAGAUCCCACCUAUAUUGCGACCUUUACUACUACGAAGAACACAACUUAGCAAGCUGUAGUUAGGUAUUUCUUAUAAAGCAAAUGAUAAAUUGUUUGCAAAUGUGACUCCAUUUUCAAAAGGUAAAAAAGAACAAUACUUACUCGUAAUUGGUUUUAUUGUAACCUGGAUGACCGGUUUCGGGCUCUACAAUUUCAGCCCAUUUUCAGAUUCCCGAUAAACGGUUACUUGACCACUAAAAAAAGAGAGAGAGAACUAUUCUACAGUUUUUAUAGGUUAUUAAGUAUAAAUUAUGCCAAUACUAAGCCUAAAAUGAGCAAGUAUACUUACAUGACGCUACAAGGCAAUAGGUUUACAGUACAAUAUUUUAGCUUGAUUUUACCAAGGCAGUGCCAUUUUGGUUCCUUCGCCAGCAUUGCCCUUGUAAAAUCAAACAAAUUGAGCACUUACUGUAAAUAUAUCGCCCUGUAAUAAAUACUUGUAUAUUAUUUAUAAGUUUCCAUAUUAUAGGCUUUUGAUUAUGGUAGAUCGGGCACAGUUGUGAGCCUGUCAGACACUUAGACUUCCUAAGACGGAUCCAUUGUAUCACCCCUAUCACACGAACUGGGUCCAUAGCAAUAGUAUAUUGUACGCAUAGUAUUGAUAUAAUCUAUACUUAAAAACCUAUAACAACUGUAGCAGUUCUUCUCUUUUUUUUUUAGUGUCGUAACCUUUUAUCAGGAACCUGAAGAUGAUCUGAAAUUGUAGAUCUCGAAACCGGUCGUCCAAGUUAUAAUCAAAUCAAUUGUAAGUCCAUUUCUUUUUUACCUUUUCUUAUAAAGCAUUUAAAAUUUGGUACAUUCAACAAACUUUUCAACAUAUUUGUUGAUUGCACUGUCUUUAAAUACCUGCUUUACUAUUUCAUACUCUGUAACGAUGCUUGUAGUGCUAAUUUUAGAAAUCGGUUGUUAUUGGAUUAUUUGGUAUUAAAAGUAUUAUAUAGUCACUGUUAAUCUUAUGAAAAUCAAGAAUCACCAUAAUUGAAAGGGUAUAGGAUUAGUUGUAUUAAUACUUUUAUUGCGGUAGCUUUUCAGGAGCGACUUCCGUCUAAAAUGGAUAUGACACCAGAAGAAGCACCUUCGGAACGGGACUUGUUAGUAACUGACCUUAAAAGAAAAAUUUAUUACUUGUUGAUAUUUUCAAAUAUUUUCUUUUUACAUAACAAGCUUUUCAAUAUCAGAAGCUUCGCGAAUUAUUCAAUUGCCGCAAUGAGCCUUUCUUAAAUAACUAUUACACUUGCGUUGUAGAUAUUUUACUUGUAUUCGACUUUCAUAUUUAUCUAAAACUUCAUUUUAUGGCUUGGUAACACAACAAUCAAUGAACAGUGUUUGAGAAACACAAAAUGAAUGAGACCGCGUUGCUCAGAAUCGGUGUGGUUCUUUGGAUCGUUCUCUCUAGCACAUAAACAAAAGAAAAAUUGAAAAGAAUAACAAUUAGGAGAAUAUCGAUCGAUUGAUCGAUCUCAGAGGAAUCUGCCAGAGGCAUUUGUCAACUUUUAAACAGAUACUUAAUGUGCUUAUCUUUUAAUCGUAAUUCUUACAGAUAAAACGAUUUAAAGGGGACGUGGUUGCUUUUAUUUGGUGCAAUUAAGACUUACACAUAAACAAAUAGCAUAGGCCCUUUCGUUCAGAAUUCAAAUGUUUCCCUUUUGAAGAUUCUGAGAUAUUUAUGAUAACCUAACGUUCGAAUAUAUAAGUUUAAGGUGCAGAAUUAAACCCUUAUGCAGGGUCGCAUAAAAGUUACUGCUUUCUGAAUUAAAUGGAACUAAAAAAAAAAGAUUUUUGAACCGUUACAACUUUGAAAAAGAGUUGUGCCCUUUUUGAUUUGUUUUGAAACAGAAUCUUUAUACGUACCAAGUUGAUUUACAUUGUGUUUUCCUUGCACACGUUGUUGCAAUUCUCAUACAAUAGGAACAAGAUGAUUUUAAGUCAGACGGCCAUUAUUCCAAAAACGUGUGUUUUGAUCUUUUAAUAUUCGGCUGUUUGACAAUACUUUACGUGUGUUCUUCGUUUAAUCAAGUUUCAUCUAAAUAUUGUUUCAUCAUGUCCUUUGUGUGUUCACGUAUUAGAAGAUAUAUAGGGUUGGUUCUAACAUUAAGAUUUUUUAAAAACGUAUCUUCGAUAAAACAAUGUAUUUUUUUUUGCCAGUACGUUUUUUCGAUUUCAGAUCACUUUUAGUACCCAAAUAUAUACUUUUUUGAUAAAAUGUGUAAUAUUUCCUAUAUUUCCCUUUGAUCCUUAAUAUGUAUAUUCAUUGAUAAUAAUCAUUUUUUACCCCUGUUGCAAUGCUAGUUGCAUUCAGUACAGUUAAAGAUUUAAUAAUGGCGAUUGUUACUAUCAACUCAUCACAAAUAGUCACUGAGGAACGACAGCAUUACCAAAAAGGAUAAGCUCUUUAAGAAUUUAAUUAAAUUUCUCACUUUACUAAAGUUAAAAUGCGUUGGCCAGAAAUUAGACUUAUAAAUGAUCGAAUAAAGAAAUUUAAUCCUAAAAAUCUGUUGGAACCUAUUGAACUACUGUCAGUAGCAGUUGAACAGUAUUACAUAAUAAUGUAACAUAAAUGCCAAUGCUGUUGAAGUUUGUCGCGCAGGUUUUUAGAACUACCCUUUUCGGCAAAGUCUGUUAAGUAAAUCGUUACAAUAAAACAGUGGCGCCCGUAAAUCUAUCUGAAGAGCAGAUAAUAUUAAUACUUUGCUAUAACUAACCCAUCGCAUAUUCUCACGAAUGAAUAUCGACGUUCCAAUUGUUUACCAAUCAUUAGGAGUCGAUGAAUUGGUGUGAAAAUGUCGGUGGUGUCGUUAAAGCAUUAACAGUGACUACAUAUAUUUAGUAUCAAAGCGGCUAAUAACUAAUAAAAACCGAACGUAAAGCAUAUAGCAAUUUUCUUGAGCUCAUUUAAUUUAGAAUGAGUCUAAAUGUAGGUGGACUGUCUUAAUCUCAGUACCUUAUUUUUUGUUUUUUAGUUUUAGUGGUUUUUGUUGUAUCUUUAUGAAUCGAUUAAAAUAUACAGGUAAAAGACUACUAUCAUUAUCAGUGAUUAAUAAAAAAUAUAUAUAUUUUGCUAUUGUGUACCAUUAACGGUAGUAUUUGAAAUAAUUAAAUAUAUAAAAAAAAUUAGAUAAUAGAAAUUAUGGAGGGUUUUCAAAAAUUGAUUUGUUGUGUGUGUUCAUGUUCUAGAAAAUAUUGGUUUUGUCGGGAAGUACUUCACAAAAAAACGAUGAUACUGGAUGAAAAGAGAUCAACGUCGACAAUGUUUUUGGCUGGUUUUGCAAAUAGCAACAACCAAUAAAAUUAAACUUAAUUUACUAUACUCAGAAAAUAUGCUGUGAAAAAGUGGACCUUAUAUCCAAACCAGACUUUUAGAUCUUUAGCUAUGAUCCAUAAAAACGCACUUUUUUACAUUUCGAAGUAGAUUAUUAAUUUGUAUCCAUUUCCACAUAGGAUUUAAAUAUGUUUGAAGUUUUUUCCUGCAAAACCAAAACUCACAAGAAGGUGUGUUAUAGAUGUAGUCAACUAUAUACAUAAAAAAUGAAAUUAAUAACUUAAAAGACUGAAACAAAUAAGACAUGAAUAUGUGGCGACUACUAUUACUAUAUAAUAAUUCAAUUUCUAUCUGUUGCUGCCUCAUUUUUUUUUAUUUAUCCCAUGUUUGUUUUUUUACUAAGUUAUUUUAAUAUUACAUUUAUGGUAUCACUUAAGAAAAGCAUAAGUUUAGUUUAUCACGAGUCAGUAGUUUUGUAUAGAUUAAUUUUUGGCAUUUUUAACUAUCAACAGAUUAGAUCAGUAGUUAAAUAUAUGUUUACAGCCAUUUAGUUUAACACCUUUUUGUGAAUGCAUCAUAAUAUCGGUAAAAUCAAAAGGAAAAUAAAUACACAAAUAAUGUAAGUAAUACUAGAGUGAGUGGAAAUGGAAAAUUGUAAAUUUUGCUACACCUUUGGUAUUGUAAUAUAGUUCAAUACCGUGUGCCAUAAUAUUUAUUUGCUGCUUAUAUUAUGCCAAAAUAUAAAAUGUACAGAAGCUACUGGUCUGAAUAUUAGACUAAAAUACACAAUGUGUAAAAUCUUUGCCUUCUGGAAUCCUCGUUUUAUAUGUUAUGUACUAAAACCUAUUUUCGAGAACUGGAACUCACACAAUAUUAACUUAAUGGUGCUUUAGUUUCAUUAUUUUCUUGCAAUAAUACUUUUUAUACUUGGAAUCUUAGAUAGUAGUGUUUAGUUUUUCUUUGUGAUAUUUUAAUUAGUUAUUUCACUGUACAUUCUAUUUUUUGUAGAUAUAUCUGUUUUUAAAUUUGAAAUGUAAUGUUACAGAAUAAAAUAUUC